AUGUCUGGAGAGCUGUGGUCCAAGGCCAUUUUUGCCAGCUAUAAGCAGGGUCUCUGGAACCAAAGGGAGCAGACCGCUCUUCUUAAAAUUGAAGAUGUUUAUGCCCAUGAUGAAACAGAAGUCUAUUUGGGCAAGAAAUGCGCUUGUGUACACAAAGCAAAGAACAACACAGUGACUUCUGGCAGCAAACCAAACAAAACCAGAGUAAUCUGGGUAAAGGUAACUUGGGCCCACGGAAACGGUGGCCUGAUUCGUGGCAAAUUCUGA